CCCACUGCCCACACUUGUUCGGGAAUUGCACACCUUCCAGGUUGCGCCCGCUUCCAUUUGCUACAUAAGGGAACCCAUUUAGUCACGACGAGUUGCUGUCAUCUCGGCUCCCGCAACCAUGGCUCCACGGGCUGAAGGCAGCCACCUGAAGCGAAGGGCCGUCUCGGGUUCGCCGGUCGAUGGGCAAGAAUCUUUCAAGAAGCCGCGCCGCUCCGAGCGCUUGUCACAGCGCGUCGACCAUGCUACCGAUCAUGACGGGCUUAAAACCCCGGUGCAGAACCACCACCACCUCCCCUCGCCAGUGACGAACCUUACGAACGAGAGCACCGCCGAGUUUGAUAAGGAGACUACGGCCACGCCUCCCCAAGAUCACAUCGGCGACGAAACCUUCUCGCAGGGAAUCGCUUUCAGCUCUCCGCCACAGGACACGCAAGCAUUCAGCCAACAAGACUUUGACCCCAAUGCCCCACUGGUCGAGGGGGUUGAUGAGAUCAAGGAAGGUGUCUGGGGCUAUCUCCUACCGCUUGACACUCGCUUCGUGCGAGCGCCCGUGGUGUUCAAGAAGAAAGGGGUGUGCCCGCCCCCGGCAGCAGCGGUUGAGCCUGCUGCCGCCGCGGUCACGAGGAAUGGCAGCAGAAGGGGCAAGAAAGAGCCGGCAAAGGAAGAAGAGCCAAAGGGCGGCUCGCCGGCCUCCGGCGGGUAUGUCCUUGGGCGGCACCCGGAAUGCGACAUCAGGGUGAACGACAAGCAGGUGUCGAACCGGCACCUCUUGAUCUUCGCCGAGAACAAGCGCAACGACACGGUGGCCGUGUUGGAGGAUAUUUCGAGCAACGGCACCAAGGUCAAUGGCGCCACUAUGCAACGCAACGAUCGACGGGAACUACGGGAGGGUGACGAGAUUUGGGUCACCAGCGCCUCUGCGGGCUUCAUAUUUCGGUAUCCGAGAUGUCGACACGGGAAGCCCUUUGCGCAGCAGUACGCGAUGAAGCAAGAGCUAGGAAGCGGCCACUUUGCCCAGGUGUUUUUGUGCAAUGAAAAGUCGACGGGCGACUGCUAUGCGGUCAAGAGAUUCACCAAAAAGCCAGAAGUGGACGAGAAGGCCAAGUACGAUGGUCUGCACCAGGAAGUCGCCAUGCUUAUGGGCAUCAGUCACCCCAACAUCCUGUGCCUCAAGGAGACCUUCAACGAGCCCGAGGCCGUCUAUGUGGUUCUGGAGUUGGCACCCGAAGGCGAACUGUUCCAGUACAUUACGGUGCACCAGAAGUUGACCGAGGCUGAAACCCGCAAGGUGUUCCUCCAGCUGUUCGAGGGCAUCAAGUAUCUGCAUGACCGCAACAUGGUCCACCGAGAUAUCAAGCCCGAAAACAUCCUCCUUAUGGACACGGAUUUGACCGUCAAGAUUGGCGAUUUCGGCCUUGCCAAGAUUGUCGGCGAGGCCUCUUUCACGACAACGCUCUGCGGCACGCCCAGCUAUGUUGCGCCCGAGAUCCUUGCUAACAGCAAGGCCCGGAGGUACACCAAGGCGGUCGACAUCUGGUCUCUGGGCGUGGUGCUCUACAUCUGUCUCUGCGGCUUUCCCCCGUUUUCCGACGAGCUGAGGAGGGCCGACUUCCCCUUUGACCUAUCGGACCAGAUCCGGAAAGGCCUCUUUGACUAUCCCUCCCCGUACUGGGACCCUGUCGGCGACCCGGCCCUUGACCUCAUCGACAGCAUGCUUGUCGUGGACCCCAACAAGCGCUUCACCGUCGACCAGUGCCUCGCACAUCCUUGGCUCACACAGAAGCCGCCCGGCGUGAACGACAGUACUAAUGGUCUCGUCUCAGGCCUUGCUGGGCUGGAAAUGAGCCGCCGAGCCCCUGCCAGGGAGCGCACGCUCAUCAGCUCCAUCAACACCUACCGGGUGACAGACCGCGUCCCCGCAGGCGCGGGCAAGCCCGACGUAAAGGUGUACGCCAAGAACGCCAAGGGUGCGAUGGGAGCGCCGCCGACGCCUAAGAAGGAGAUGCGGCCGGAUGAUAAUCGCGACCCUGGCGAGUUUAUGGAGAUGGGUGGGAAGGGCGACCAGGAGUUGUUUGGCAACGACGGGGGCAGCCGGUAUCCGACCAAGGACAUUGCCGGUACCGGGCCGGCCGGGACGGAGGGGAAGGUGAAGGGAAAGGGGAAGGCUAAGGGGGGCCGUUAAGCGGCUGAUAUGGUGGUGGUGUUACAGGAUUGUGGUGUUGGGCGAUGUGGGAUAUUUUGGCCAUGGCGUGGCCGAAACGGCGCGUCAUCUGGGCUCAUAAUUGUUUGUUUUUUGUGUGGGUUUAUUUCGGGUUAGUUUUUUCCUUUCAGCAUGUCUGUCUCGUCCCUGGUUAGCAUGGGAGGUUGUCAGAUUUCUUUACACUUCGGGUUUCUGUGUUAAGUCAACGGGAUGUUAUAUAUUAUCAUCUCUCUGGUUAUAGGCCUGGGGAAAAAACUUGAGCCAAUGCAUUACUAUUUUUAA